AAUAGUUCAAAAAUAAAAAUUGAUCCACUAAGAUUACAUUUUAGUGGGCUGUCCGAUUGUAGUCGACAGUCUGUUGGUCUGUGGCAUGCGACAGUACACGUGCGGCGAACCUCCAGUUCACAACGCUGCAGAGUACAGCAGAACAUUUUACGUUAUUUGUGGUGGAAGUAACAAUAACAUCGGCUUAUUACUAAUUAUGGCUUCGAGUGAAUGUGAUGUUACAGAAGAUGGAGAGGCAUUUGAAAGUUUUAUCAAGGAUGCAUAUGCUGCUAUUACUGGUGGGAUUAAAGCCUCUAAUAGUUUGCCAUGUGACAAAAAUUACAAAUAUUACAGUUGCUAUCCAACAUUUAAUGAAAUUUUAAGAAAACAAAUUGGAACAAUUUCUAAAAACAUGCAAAAUAUUAUCGAAAAAACUGAAAUUGCUGGAAAUAUCAUUCAAAGAGAUGUCGAAGAAAGAUUUGAUUUAAUUCAAGAAACAAAUGAUUUUCUGUUAGAUAGAGCGGGUAGUCUUAUGGAUGAAGAGCAAGGUAUAAAUAGAAAUCCUACAUUCAAGUUCACAGCAAAAAAACCUACCAAUAGUACGAAUGGUAGUUGGAAUCAAUCUGUUGGUACCAGAAAGCAAACUUCAGAAGCUACUCCUAUAAAAGAGGCUGUUCAACUUCUAACUACUGGUAAUAUUCAGAAGCCACAAAUAAAUUUUGAAGAUAAAAUUGAUAAUAGUCACAAACCAUGGGAACCUAGAAUAAAAGAUAAACCCAAUUCACUCAAGCCUUUAGCUUUACAAACAGAAUGUGGAGAAGAUGGUUUUGAAUACUUUUGUCAUCCAUAUGAAUUUGAAUUAGAUAAAUUUGAACCUUGCGAGAAUCAACUACAGAAAGAAGAACCAGUCAUGUAUAAACCCUUGGAAAAAACUCCCUUAAUCUUUGUUGAUAAGACUGAAGUUCUUGAAACCAUGUUAUGUGAUUUGAAAAAGUAUAAGGAAAUUGCUGUAGAUUUAGAACAUCACUCAUAUAGAACAUUUCAAGGAAUCACUUGUUUAAUGCAAAUUUCAACUCAUGACAAAGAUUAUUUAAUUGAUACAUUGAGUCUUAGAUCAAAGCUACAUGUAUUAAAUGAAGUUUUUACCAAUCCAAAAAUUCUCAAAGUAUUUCAUGGAGCUGAUUCAGAUAUUUGCUGGUUACAAAAAGACUUAUCGCUGUACAUAGUUAAUAUGUUUGAUACUUACCAAGCAGCCAAACAGCUGCAACUGCCGUUUUUAAGUUUAUCUUAUUUAUUGAAAAAAUUUUGUAAAGUUGAUCCCAACAAACAUUUUCAAAUGGCUGAUUGGCGGAUAAGACCUUUGCCAGAAGAACUUCAAAAGUACGCUAGAGAAGAUACACAUUAUUUACUGUAUAUUAAAGAUGUUUUAAGAAAUAAUUUAAUAGAUGCAGCUAAUGGUCAAAGUAAUAUUUUGAAAGUUGUAUAUCACAAUAGUACAUAUACUUGUAAAAAAGUGUACACAAAACCAAUUUGGACAGAAAAUAGUUACAUGAGCAUGUUUAGAAAAUUUAGGAGAAAUUUGAAUAACAGACAACUUUAUGCAUUAAAAGAAAUUCACAAGUGGAGAGACGAAACUGCACGAGAAGAAGAUGAAAGUUUACAUUACGUUUUGCCAAAUCAUAUGUUACUAAACAUAGCAGAAGUAUUACCAAGAGAAAUGCAAGGUAUUUUAGCUUGCUGUAAUCCAAUACCACCACUAGUACGGCAAAAUUUACUCAAAAUUCACAAGAUGAUUUUAAAAGCAAGAGAUCAACCAUUAGUAACACAUAUUUUAGAAGAAAACAUCCAGCAAAGAUCAGUGCAAAGCAAUGAUUUAAUUUCGUCUGAAUCGUGGAAUGUUGCAACUCAUGAUGUACCUAGUGGAACUGAAGCUCAAGAAAAUUUACCAUGCUUGUUAUCAGCAAUUGAAACAGGAGAAAAGAAUAGUAAUUUCCAUAAAGCAGAAGAAAAGUCAAUUGUAACAGUAUUCGAAGACUUUAAAAUGAAGCAUAAAAAAAGUUUAGGAAUCUUUGUAAGUCCCUUCAGAAGAUACAAAUUGACAAUUUCUAUGAUAGCUGAAGAAGCUAAAAAGAAAGUAAUUUGUAUUCAAGAUAUAAAAACAGAAAAAGAAGAAGAAGACUCUUCUACCCUUCAGGCUGCACAAGAAGUUCCUCAAAAUUCAACUGUAAAAUUACCUUUACAAACAAAAAUAAAAGAAGAACCAGAAGAACCACAACAAGAAACAUCUAAAAAUGAACAAAGAUUUGCAGGAAACUCCAAAGAAGUACUAACCAUAGGACAAAUGCAUGGUAGAAAACGUAAGCGCCAAUUGUGUACAGAAGACGAACAAGGCCAUAUAUCAUCUAAAUCUAAAUUGAUUUAAUGUAAUUUAUAUUGUAUGUGCUAUAAUGUAAAUAUUCUAACAAGUCCUAUAUGAAUGUAUUUAUUUAUUAGAUCAUCGUUCAUCCAAUCAUAAAAAAACUUUAAUUUUUGAUUAAAUUAUGAUGUUUACAAUUGUUUAGGGAACAAUAUCAUGAAAACUUAAAAAACCCUCUCAUUAGGAGUUGAAUGGUUUUUAUUUUAUUUUUAUAAAUGACCUAAUUUUUAUAGUUUGAAAUCAUAAAUGUCGUUUUUAGAUAAAAUUGAAAUAGAAAUUUUAUAUCCAAAAAUAAAGAAAGGUCUUCCAAAAGAUAUUUUGAAUAACUUCUUAUUCAUUAUUCACUGUUAUAUGUUGUUGAGGUCUUGUAAAGACUGACUCAAGGAAGGAAUAAAAACUUUUUAUAUGCUAAAUGGAAAAAA